AUGGCGAUGUUCGGCAUGGACAAUGAUAAAAAGGCGAUGCUUAUCCGGGAAGUGCAUCGGCGGCCGUUGAUUUGGAAACUACGUCAGUUCUUUCAGGUUAGUGAUCCUUACUACAGCAAUGUCCCUGCGCGAUGGGUUGCAUUUGAAGAAAUUGCGGACGUGCUCAGCGAUGAUAAAUUGGCUUUCUCCAGUACCGUGUUUGCGCAUCUUACCACACAUUUUUUCGCAGGCGACAUGAUCAAAGUAGCCUGGAAAAACAUGAUGGAUUACUACAAUCAGAUAAGGCGUAGGCACGAUCGUGCGCUUGCUGCUGGAAUAAGUCCGCCGGAGUCGAAGUGGCAGUUCUUCACUAUGAUGCAUUUCACAAGGCAAGAUAAGACUCCGGUUAAAAGACGAUACAACUGGAUGCAACCAUCGAAAAUUCCCCGUCCUGCUGCAUCGCUUGUUGUUGAAGAUGACAAAUUCCUGAUACAAAUGCGUAACAAUUAUGAAGCGACUGCUGCUGCUGCUUCUACUGUUAUUCCGAAAAUGGAAGAGUCUCAUCAACAAAUUAUUGGUGGCAUUCGCAGAACAAAGGAAUCGGAGAGUAAGUCUUUCAGGGUACGACUGAAAGCAAAACGUGAGGCAUUACGUGAUGCUAACAUAACUCAGCAAGCCGCUUCACCGGUUGCAAAUGGUACUUUUUGUGGAAUUCGUAUUGGAAAUAAGAUUUUGUUUAAUCGUAUGAGAGCCGCCGCAACACGUGCAGCGGAGCAGGCAGCUGUGAAAACGGGACGCUGCAGUCCGGAAGCAAUAGAUAUAAAGCCAUGCAUUUUGUCUACUCGUUGUCGUAACAAACGUCGAAGGGAUAUAUAUUCUCCUGAACCAAAUGGUGUCGCAGUGCCGUCAAAGAGUCGCCGGGAACUGCCUGGGAUUCAACCUGUGGGGAAUUUGCCAAGAAAAUCAGCUGGGACCCAAAAGGCGCUAGUGGCGGAGAAUGGACGGUGGAAAAUCCGGCCCGAUGAUGACGCUCACACAAUUUUAACUUUUGGUAAGUUCGGACGUUUUUUGGGAGUGUUGCUUGAGUGA